AUGCUCAAGAAACUCAUUCAAAACGGUGGUAGAACAAUUCUCCGUCGUUCCAACAACAACAACAGCACUCUUGGACAAGCAAGAUUCCAAAAGCGUUCAUCAGCAACAACUCCAUCAGGAGAUAAGUCUAGAAUUACUUCUACCGGUUGGACCUUUGAAUCACCCAACUUGGCACAAUAUACUGCUUUGCGAGGAGCUAUGGUUUCUAUUUGUUUGCGUGGCUUGUAUGUGUGGAAUCUUGUCAUGUUGAUGGGAGAAAUCGCUUUCUAUCCUUUCAAUAUCAUUGAUUUUGUCAAGAGAAAGAAGAGAUUUUAA